CAGCCGAGCGGCGCAUACUAAACGCUUACGAGAAUAGCCGCAGCUGGUGCCGGUUGCGUAAGGGGGAGGGCCCGGCCUUCGGACUUUAGUCGUCCUGAGGGGAAAGUGAAAGGAAGCCGCAGCUCCAGCCUCUUCCGCUGCUGCCGAGACUGACGGAGAGUCCCUUCCUCGAUUACCGCCGCUGCCGCCGCUGCGUGAUGGCUGCUACCAGGACCACCGCUCUUCUCCGGGCUGCGGCCUCCUCCGGCUGCCGGCUUCUCUCGGCCUCCCGCGGGGUCAGAGGCGGCUGGGCUGCCGCUGCCAGCCUGGGCCCGUCGCGGCUGUUCCACGCCUCGGCCCGGGCGCCGCUCAGGUAAGCGGGAAGCCUGUGCUUGGCCGCCCUCGCUCGGCUUCAGCCUCUCGGUUCAAGAGCGGAGGGGAGGCUGCCUCUCGUGAGGGGGGCCUGGGAGUGGGGACACACACUCUCUCUCUCUCUCUCUAACACACACACACACAGCUCCCCCUGUCUGUAUAGAACAGCCUUUCUCAACCUGUGGGUCUCCAGAUGUUGUUGGACUACAACUCCCAUCACCCCUAGCUAGCAAGGCCAGAGCCCAGGGAUGAUGGGAGUAUAAAGGUAAAGGGACCCUGACCAUUUUGGUCCAGUCAUGACCGACUCUGGGGUUGCGGCGCUCAUCUCACUUUAUUGGCCGAGGGAGCCGGCGUACAGCUUCCGGGUCUGUUGACUAUAAUAUCACUAUAUUGUUGACUAUAAUAUCACUAUAUAAAGUUGGAUUAUUUAUUCUAGGCCAGCUCACCGCAAUGCAGAAACAGGCAGCUGUUUGAUCCUGAAACCUUGGCAUUAUCAGCUGAGCUUAUCCAAGAGCAAAGCCUUGCACACCCUCUGUCUCUCAUGCUCUCUCGCCUCCCCCCUCCCAUUCUUAACACACACACCGCUUCUCUCGCACACUGUCAAUUUAAUAAUAAUAAUUUUAUUAUUUGUACCCUGACCAUUUGGUUGGGUUGCCCCGGCCACUCUGGGUGGCUCCCAACAGAAUAUUUAAAGGUAAAGGGACCCCUGACCAUUAGGUCCAGUCGUGACCGUCUCUGGGGUUGUGGCGCUCAUUUCGCUUUACUGGCCGAGGGAGCCGGCGUACAGCUUCCGGGUCAUGUGGCCAGCAUGAUGAAGCCACUUCUGGCGAGCCAGAGCAGCACACGGAAACGCUGUUUACCUUCCUGCCAGAGCGGUAUCUAUUUAUCUACUUGCACUUUGACGUGCUUUCAAACUGCUAGGUUGGCAGGAGCUGGGACCAAGCAAUGGGAGCUCACCCCGUCGCGGGGAUUCGGACCUCCAAUCUUCUGAUUGGCAAGUCCUAGGCUCUGUGGUUUAAUCCACAGUGCCACCUUCUAUCACAGGUACAAACACUCAGAUCUGCAUGACUGUUUGGACAGGGAACAUAGUCAGUGAGAUCAAAUCACUGUGUAUGGGAUUUCUUCAAUAAGCACACAGUUGUGACGUUUAAGGCAACUUUAGCAAAUUAUAUAGGCUUAUAUAGAGUCGAUCCCUUGCCUUAGCUUUACACAAGCAUAGAAAUUAAGUCAAUUUCUCAGAGGAAUAGCAUGCUUGCAUUGUGAACUGGAUGACUGAUUCAGCAAGAAGUUCAGGGUCCCUACUUCCUAUCAAACCAGCUCAAGGCUGAACUUUUACUGCACAAAGAUCCUUGACACAUUCUUGAUAUACGUAAGCAAUUAUCCUACUUUCACGCACUCUCUUACAGUUUUUACAUCUCUUCACAUGUAGGCUAUCUCUCAAAGAUAGCCACACACUGCCCCUCAAGCCUAGGCUGGUACAUACAGUGCUGUCUAGAGCAGGCAUCCCCAACCUGCGGCCCUCCAGAUGUUUUGGCCUACAACUCCCAUGAUUCCUAGCGAACAGGACCAGUGGUCAGGGAUGAUGGGAAUUGUAGUCCAAAACAUCUGGAGGGCCAAAGGUUGGGGAUGCCUGGUCUUAGAGGACACAUUUGGGAGAGGUAAAUCCCUUCUUUAACCACCAUUUGGUGAUGCAAGAUAGGCUGGCAUAAUCUUCUACAAGAAAGCUGACUAUAAUCAACCCCUUGUGUAAUAUACCGUAUUUUUUGCACCAUAACGCUCACUUUUUUCCUCCUAGAAAGUAAGGGGAAAUGUCUGUGCGUGUUAUGGAGCGAAUGCACGUGGGUGGUGGUGGGGAUCUGCUGCAGUUGUGAGCAGAGGAUCCAUGGUUCCCCUUCCUUCCCUCCUCCGUGGUUACAAAGCAUGGAUCCACAUGGAUCCUCAGGAUUUUUGCAUUGGGCUACUCCAAACUCACUGUCAGAUCACAUGUCUGUGGCCACAGCAUGAACCACAAAAAUCAUAUAUCCACUAUUUCGUUUAGAAUAUUUUUUUUCUUGUUUUCCUCCUCUAAAAACUACGUGCGUGUUAUGGUCUGGUGCAUGUUAUAGAGCGAAAAAUACGGUAUUUACAGUUGACUGAGAUGCUUGUCUGAACCUGGGAUGGUGUGGGCUUUAGGUACAGUGGUACCUCGCAAGACGAAUGCCUCUCAAGACGAAAAACUCGCAAGACGAAAGAGUUUUUCGUUUUUUGAGUGCUUUGCGAGACGAAUUUCCCUAUGGGCUUGCUUCGCAAGACGGAAACAUCUUGCAAGUUUGUUUCCUUUUUCUUAAAACCGUUACAGUAAUACAGGGUGCAUUGCUUGAAGAGGUGCAGUUGCGACUUGACUUCGGGGAGCAACUCAUAGCACGCGGUGUGGUAGCCUUUUUUGAGGUUUUUGAAGAUUUUUUUGAAAAAAUUGAAACCGUGCUUCGCAAGACGAAAAAACUCGCAGAACGAAUUAAUUUUGUCUUGUGAGGCACCACUGUAAAUGGUAUGUCAUAGUUGCUGCUUCUCCAGGCAUGUUAAAAUUGUUGCAUGUCCUUUUGAAGGGUGGUCUUCACUCCUGCUUCGCUGCCUGCUUCCUUUCCAAACCAUAUUACAAUUUUGGCACAGUGAGCAGGGUUACAGAAGAAGAUGCUUUUGAAAGAGAGAAUCCAGAGAUGGUGAAAAGUGAGGCUAGAAAGAGAUUCUCCAACAUGAUAGGCUUGUGAACUAUGACAGUGCCCCAUCACAUGUCCCUUGUCAUGUUAUGCUACUGCUUGCUCCUCAGGUCUUGUAGGUUAGAGACAAAACUGCAAGAGAUGCUGUUGUGUAUGUACAGUACAAUAUGUGCUGUAGUGUCUACUAGAGUGGUAUUCCCCCAUAACAUGGAUUUGACUUGUGGCAUCACAGUCUUGCUUUUAUACAUCUUUGAAUUGCAGAAGCGGCUUAGUCAUGCUGGCCACAUGACUCGGAAGCUGUACACCGGCUCCCUCAGCCAAUAAAGUGAGUUGAGUGCCGCAACCCCAGAGUCAUCCACGACUGGACCUAAUGGUCAGGGGUCCCUUUACCUUUACAAUCACAUAUUAUGGGGGGGGGGGGUUCCAAAGGUUCUGUGAAUACGAAAAAAAGAAUAUACUCAGACCCUUGAAACCACCCCCGUUUGAGCAUCUCUGGGCUUCCAGAGCCAAAUGCUGUCACAGUAUCUCAUGGAGCUGUCGAAGUUCCUGCUCAUGUUCCAGUAUCUCAUGGAAGCAUCCCAGGCCUGAUGCAUGGAGACGGCCUUGCUUCCCCAGCAAGGCAGAGAGUUUAAAAACACUUUUGAUCCAAGUCUUCCUUUGUCUUGCUUGCAUUUAACUUUCAACCACAUACAGUUGAAAUUGUGCAAGUUAAAUGUGCAUAAUAUGUAAUUGGACUGUAUUUACCAUUGUAUUUCAAAUGUACAUGUAUGUGCAUAUACUCUGCAAUAUGUUGUUACUAUUCAUGUUCUCCUUUAAAACCCUCUGGCUGUAACUUAGUGAGUUGAUAAUUUUGUGAAUGGAAGUGACAGUUCAAGUCGGAGAUCCUGCAUUCAAAUAAACAGAAACUCCCUGAUUCUACAGUGAGAGCAUAUUUUUUAUCUCUCAGGGUCGGGGGGCAGGUGUUUGGCCCAGAUCUAGGUGACAGGUCAGUUGCACUCCUUCUAAAGCAGCAAGUAUUAAGUUUGGGCAUAUUCCUGGAACCAUAUUUGUUACCUGAGGCACAAGUAGCCAGGUUCAGAUUUCUUGUGCUAAUGUAUAAAGCCCUGAGCAACAUAGACCCAGGAUACCUUAAGGACUACCUAAUCCUAUGUGUCCCAGGUUGAUUAGUGAGAUCAUAUAUGGGAGCACAAAAGCACAACUCAUGUCAAUGAGGACUCGUGCCUUCAGUGUAGUGGACUUAACACUAUGGACUCACUCCCAUUAGAAGUCAGACAGGCACUGUCCCUGCCAAGUAUCAGACAUCAGGAGAAUAUGAUUUUAUUUCGGGGGGGGGCCUUUGUACUUUGAUUUAUGUGCUGAUGUUUUAUUCUUCAGUGUUUUCAUUUAUGUUUUAAAUUUUGCAUAUUUUUUAUUUUUGAUAAGCUACUUUGAGACCCAGAUGAGAUGAAAAGCAGGGUAUACUUUUUAAAAAUGAAUAAAUGUUCAGAUAAACAUAGGAUAUUCCUAUAACAGUUGUCUACUUCUUUUAGGGGGUACGGAGGGGGGAAAUGCAUGAAUUUCAAGUCAGCUCUGAUCUUGCUGUAGAUAGAAUUCCACAUACAAAGCAAAGAGACCUUGGAGUGUUUGUGUGUAGAAAUUUAUCAUCUUUAAACGCUGUUGUUUUAAGCUUUGUAAAAAUUGUGACGUUAACUAACCAUAAAAUUAGCACAUACUUGACUGAAUUUUGCAGAUAAACAAGGUCACUCUUUCAUUCUUGAUUAUGUCUCAUGGCAUGCAUCCUUGUUCCUGAGAACAGCUUGUGACUGUCUUCUGGAGUGGGGAGAGGGAAUGAGGGGAUAUUUGACAAGAAUUGAAAAUGGCAUCAUAAUAUUGAAUGUGGCAUCAUCAUAAAUCAUGCCACACAAUGCUGAAUAAUUUUAUAGGGGAUACCACCAUGCUUAAUUUAAAAUAACUUUUUGUCCUUUUAGUACAAAAUAGAAUUUUGUACCUGACCUAUUUGGUGAUAGUAGGUCAGGUCAGAAAUCUUAAGUAAAAUUAAGAGGCCAGUCACUUGAACUCUAAAAGCAAAAUUAUCUUUAUAAUUUUACGGAGCUUACACCAUCCUUGUUGGGAUGUUUGGAGGAGUUCAUUUCCUUAUGUUUUUCUUUUGUCUUGUUUUACUAAAGUGUUUUUGUGCUAAUGCAAACUUUGAGGUUCCCCCAAGGUUCUGGAAGGUUCUAGAAGGAUCAGCAUUCCAAGAAAGAGUUUACUGCUUUAUGGGAUCAGUCCUUGAAUUUGCUUGUCUUAGUCAUCCCUCCCCAUUCCUUUUCUCUCUCAUAUUGUAUCUUAGAUAUUAUUUCCUUGCACACCGGUGCUUUGAUUCUCCCUCUAUGUGAGGCAGCAAACAAGCAUACAAACAUUUAAAUCUUUGGAGUGUGGAAAGAUGUUCACUUUGAUGCACAACCUUGUAUCACUUCUAAGAAUUCACAUGAGGGAAACUACAGUAUAUACAUUUUUGGAGUGAGGAAAAAGAUUUAGUCUAGGGAUAAACAGUAUUAAAGACCAUACAGGAGAGAAAUCAUAUGCAUGCUUGGAUUGUGGCAAUGAGCUUUUAUGAUAAAUCAAUCCUUAAAGAAAUUGGAGAACUCUUUCAACAGGUAAACCUAAAUGAUUGGAACAUGGAAAGCUCAAUUUCCCCCAAAGAAAGAAAGCUCUAUAUCUACUGAAAAGCACAAGCUUUUCUGUGAAAUCCUGAUCCACAUUGAAUAAUCCAUAGAGAAAAGAAUCCUGUGAAUUACAGAAAUACCAGUACUUGAGCUGUGAGGGAAAGCUUCAGACAAUGCAUAGCAUUAAAUCUUCCUGUUAAACAACUCACAAUGAUCAGAGCUGAGCUCUUUCUGACCUAUCACCUAUUCCUAGCCAACAGAAAACAUACACAUAGUAAAAACUGCGAAUUUUCAGACUGUGACAAAAGAAAAGCGUGGUUGCUUGUGACAAAUAAGACUCCUUCCAGCAGCCAAAUAAGUCCCCAUAACAAAGGAGUACCGUAUAUCUCAUGCUUACAGCUACUACUACAGAGGCUGAAAGCAUUGCAAGCAAGUGAUCUGAUAGAAACUGUUUCUUAUAAGUGUUUGAACUAGUUCUGAAGACCUUUUCUGCGUGCCACCCGGGAAGGAGGUCUGGAGGGUGGUGACAAGAGAGCAGACCUUUUAUGUAAUAGCUCACCAUCCAUCAAAUGCUCUCCUUAGGGAGGGCUACAUGGCACCAACAUCAUCUCAACCUAUUUUUUAUUAAUAUUUUUCUGUGGUAUCUUUAUUCUGUUAUAUUGCUAGGCAUUCUUCUCACUUUUCUAACUGGGAAGAAGCUCUAGGUCAAUGUUAGAGACUGAGAUAUGAAAACUAGUAGCUAAAUAGCAGCUUAAACCUAGCUUAUGAGCACUGCAACAGAAUGUCUAGGUGUGCUUUUUUAUAACAAUACAAAGGUGAAAAUGAAUUAGCUGCAGCUAAAAUCUUAUAUUCAUUUUUCACAUGGUCUAAUCUUCAUUUGAAGACUGCAAAAAACUGCUCAUUUGAAGACUGCAAAGCCAUACUUCCCCAGCCCACCCCCUAAUAUUCUUAUGAGGGUCCCUUCUCCAGUCCUCAGAGAACGGCUAGAAGUGGGGAGGCAGAAAAAGGUCCUUUCGUUCCAGCAGCAGCAGUUUUAAUCUGAAAUCUUAGGCACAGUACGUCUCCCAGAGCUCAGAAACUGCUUGUAUUAAUGAAAUUCCCUGUCACAAAAUGCGCCUAGAACUAUGGGAGUUUUGAACGGUGCUCCAGGUGUGCUGUGCUCUGUUUUGUGUUGAUUAGCUUCUGUAAGAUUCCUUUUCCUUUUCCACUCUGUUUUAAAAGCAAGUUGUGAUAUUAUGAUGGCACUGUUUUGAUUGCAUUUUAUUGUUUGAUUAUAAUGUUUGUUAUAUUUUUAAUCUCUAAAACCAGCUAGAGAACUUUGGUUAUAAUGCAGUUUAUCAACUGUAUACCAAAGAUGAAAAGCUGCAAAGCACAGUUUCACUUAAAUCCAUGGUUAACUACUGUUAAUUUAAUGGCUUCCAAUCAAACAAAAGUUCUGGAAACCAACUUUUAAACCACUUUUGUAUUAUUUUUUGUUUGGAAGCUCUUAACAUAGCUUCUUUGUUUGGACAUAACUAGGAAGCAGUGGGUAUCUUUUAAGGUGACCCGGAAACUACAACCAAUCCAGAAUGCGGCAGCUAGACUGGUGACUGGGAGCGGCCGCUGAGACUACGUAACACUGGUCUUGAAAGAUCUACAUUGGCUCCCAGUACAUUUCUAAGCACUGUUCAAAGUGUUGGUGCUGACCUUUAAAGCCCUAAACAGCCUUGGUCCAGCAUACCGUAUUUUUCGCUCUAUAAGACGCACCCGACCGUAAGACACACCCAGUUUUUAGAGGAGGAAAACAAGAAACAAGAAAGCAACGCAAAGCCUCUUGAGCGAAGAGGCAGGAGCGCUCUGGCUGCACUCAAGAGGCUUUGCGUGGCUAUUGCUGAAGCCAGAAGAGCAAGAGGGAUCGGUGUGCACCGAUCCCUCUAGCACUUCUGGUUUCAGCGAAAGCUGUGCAGCCUACAUUUGAUCCAUAAGACGCACACACAUUUCCCCUUACUUUUUAGGAGGGGAAAAGUGGGUCUUAUAGAGCGAAAAAUACAGUACCUGAAGGAGCGUCUCCACCCACAUUGUUCUGUCCAGACACUGAGGUCCAGUGCCGAGGGCCAUCUGGCAGUUCCCUCACUGCAAGAAGCUAAGUUACAGGGAACCAGGCAGAGGGCCUUCUCGGUAGUGGCACCUGCCCUGUGGAACGCCCUCCCACCAGAUGUCAAAGAGAAAAACAACUACCAGACUUUUAGAAGACAUCUGAAGGCAGCCCUAUUUAGGGAAGCUUUUAAUGUUUAACAGACUAUUGUAUUUUAAUAUUUUGUUGGAAGCUGCCCCAAGUGGCUGGGGAAACCUAGCCAGAUGGGCGGGGUAUAAAUUAUUAUUAUUAAUAAUAAUAAUUUCUGCAGCUUUCUUGCUAAUUUUGCUGCUCAUGUACAGUGGCAGUAUGCAGGUAGCUGGAGCUCAUCCAUACCUUGGCUUAUUAAGCAGAGAACAUUCUCCACUUUAAAGGGAUCACAAUAAGAGGUUGCAUUCAAUAAUUCUGAUAGCAAUGACUACUAACGAAACUGAGCAAUUACAAUAAAAAUCUCAACUUGAGAGAACUAAAAAAUGUUUUUGGAUAUGUUUAAGUACACUAAAUAUAUUUAUAGCUACAUUAAAGGAUUGCAGUAAAAGAUCUAUAUUUAUCAAAAGUGUUCUAAUCUUCAACCGAUUUUCUCCUCAAAGUGGCCCACAAAUAUUCACAAAUUGUUGUUGGGUUGCUUAACUAAUAUCCUUAGGCAUCUGAGGAAACCAGUGUGGCUGCAUAAGGAGUUUACAGGUUAGAUGAGAGUUAAGAAGGGCAUGUAUAGAAGUGGAAGAAAGAGGAAAUCACAAGGGUGGAGUAUACAUGAGUAGGCAACAGUUGCAAGGUGAAGGUCAGACUGGCUAAAGCUCAGCAUCAGCUCAUGCUUGCAAGAGGGGUUAAAAAUAAUUUUAAAAGGUUUCUUUGGCUAUGUCCAAAGUAAGAGGAAGAACAAGAAAGUGCUAGGUCCUUUGCAUUGAGAAGACGUAGAAAUGCUAUUGGGUGACGGAGAGAAGGCAGAACUACUCAACACCUGCUUUGUCUCUGUCUUCACACAAAAGGAAAGCGAUGCUCAACCUGGUGAUUAGAGAAUAAAUGAUGUAAGGAGGGAGCUGCAGUCAAUGGCUUCAAGUUACAAGAAAGGAGAUUCCGACUAAACAUCAGGAAAAACUUUCUGAUAUUAAGAGUUGUUUGGCAGAGGAACAAUUUCCCUUGGGAGGUUGUGGACUCUUCUUCCUUAGAGGUUUUUAAGCAGAGGUUAGGUGACCAUCUGUCAUGGAUGCUUUAGCUGAGAUUCCUGCAUUGCAGGGGCUUGUUCUAGAUGAUCCUUGGGGUCCCUUCCAUGAUUCUGUGAUCCUUUUGAAUCCUUCACACUACUAUAGGUAAAGGCUGCUAAAGAUAGUUGUUUCUUUAUUUUUAUUUUUCAGCUCAGAAGAUAAAGUUACUGUGCACUUUAUAAAUCGUGAUGGUGAUAAGCUAACAGCCCAAGGGAAGGUUGGAGACUCUCUUCUAGAUGUUGUGAUUGAUAACAACCUAGAUAUAGAUGGAUUUGGUAAGUACUUCCCUGUAACUAGAGAAUACGAGUUCAUAGGGGAAGGAAAUAUUGUUUUACUUUGUUUGACUAGUUGGAUCUAGUCUUGGAUGCUUUCUUCUAGGUCCUACUGAUCUGAAUGGGCGAGAUGAGUUUUUACUAGAGAGCUCCAAAGCCAGUGAAUUUUAACCAAAAUAGUGCAUUCUGAAACAGGCAUGAGUUUCAUUUGACAUUGGUCUCUGAGUAAAUGGUAGCUUUCCCUGAAGAAAUUGUCUUUUCCCAAAAAUUCAGUUGGUUUAAUUUUAUUCUGCAGUACAGUGCAUUUUGCAAGAGAUUUCCAAAUUUAAUGGGUUGCCUCAUAACUAUAAGGUGACUGUAUUUCAUUAUUCAGGAUAUGUUUCCAAUUUCUCUGGUUGAAAUCAUGCAAGUUAAAUGUGCGUAAGAUGCGCCCAUACUAUACUGUUUGACAUGCCAAUAUAUGAAAUUUUCAGUUAUCUAUCGUAACAACCAAUAUCUAGAAAGUUAGGAAAAAGUUAGUUUUCCUGUUGGAAAUUCUCACUGACUAUUGUAAAUGGUUACCAGUUAGUGUUAAAAUGCCUACAAAUGAUUUUUCUGAUUUUUAAAAUAUUUUUGAAAAUUGUGUCUUUAAUUUUGUCACUAGGGGGCAUUGCAGAUUUAGAUAGCUUACUGCUCCUGAAAGACUUAAACAUAUUUGCCUGCUUCAUGCAGAUCUUCCCUCCUUUAGCAUAAUGCUCUGUUGCUCUUAAGAUGGUGUUUACAACCACAAUUUUAUAUUUAAUUAUUUUGGCUUUAUUUCUGUUGCCGAUUUUUAUCUGAUCCGUAUUUCACAGAAACUAUCCUAAUAUUUGGUUAUUAAUACUUGUUGCUGUUCAUGUUUCCUAAAAUAUCUUUAACAAGGAGAAAGAAAGCCAGGGUUCUGCAACCCCUCUGUGGUUGAUGAACUUUUUUUAUGUUAGAAGUUUAAGGAACACCUUACGUUCAUUUUAAAGAAAAACAAUCCUUCUAAUUGCAAAACUCAGCUGGUAAGCACCAAUAUAAUUGUAGCCAAAACAGGACCACUAUGAAACACCCCCCACAACCCCCCUCCACACAAUGAGAACAGAGUGGUUAGUGGCUAACAGAAUGCAAAUUGUUGGGUGGGACAAGAGGGAGGGAGGCACUCCAAGCUGUAACAUUUUGCAUUCGGUCCCACUUGUCAAGUUUAAGACACAUAUUGCCCUCCACUUGAAUAGUAAAUAUAUACCCAGUUUCUUUAAGAUAUGAUGAUAUGAUACCAAAGGGCAGGGGAAAGUACAGCAGUGAAGACUGCAAAGGAAAUAGGCCUGCUUUGCAUUCUGUCUUUGCUUCUGAAAGAUUUGCAAAGUUGGCCAAAGGUUCUCCAAUUCCUUUCAGUAUUUCAGCUUCAGUAUUAUCUUAUGCACAGUUCGUUAAGUCUGCUGAAACUAGUAUAAGAAUUAGUUUACAGUGUUUUCAUUUUUUCCUAAAAUUUUAAAUGUAACAAAUGCUGUUUAACUGUCCAGUCUUAAUUUUUUUUGCAAACAUUCCUAUAAAAAUAAUUUUAAGCUUGGGAUUUGUUUUAAUUCAACAUUUAAACCACACCUAGCGUGAUAAAACAUUGCUACUCAGAUACUUUUAGAUAAUGGAGAAGGUUUUGAGAUAAUUUAACAUGGCAUACGUGUUUAGUGUUUGUUAAAUAUUAGUACAAUUGGCUAAAUCAAUUUAAAUCAUUUUUUAAAACUUCCAGAACAUUUUCCAGUUUAAGUGUUCUGGGAAAGUCAUCUUACCAACAGUAGAAUUUAAUGCAGAAGUCUUAAAUGUCUGCCUACUAGUCUGCCUAAUUAUUACGUUUGUCUUUAGGUGCAUGUGAAGGAACACUUGCCUGCUCCACUUGCCACUUAAUCUUUGAAGACAAUAUAUUUAAAAACCUAGAUGCAAUCACUGAUGAGGAAAUGGAUAUGCUGGACCUUGCCUAUGGAUUGACAGACAGGUAAGGUGAAACCAGCUUAAAAUCUACCAAAUGAUCUUAUAGUAUCACUCCAGAACUGACAUACCUAGUAGGUCAUACUAAGUAUAUGAACCCCGCAAAUAGUGGCUUAUCAUAACUUCGAUUUAUUGGAAACAAGACAAUUUCAAACUAUGGAUUAUGAAGCUGGCUUGUUUCAACAAACCUUAGUUGAUACUAACCACAUUUUAGGACUAAACAGUAGUUAAUAAAAAAUGGAAGCAAAAGUUUCUGAUGUACUCACUGCCUUGCCAGGGAAGGAAAGAAAUGCAUGGCUAGAAAGCUUCCUAUGACACAUUCCCUUUGUGAUGUUAAUCAUGAUACCCCAAAGUAAAAGUAGCCAUGCAUCCUCUGGGUUACUCUUUACUUUAUCAAUCUAUGAUGCAGGCUCCUGACUGUAAGAUUGGCUCUGGCUCUAAAGCUUCUUUGACUUCUUCUAAAAUUUGGACUCAACUAUUCAAAACAAUGAAAGAGCCCAAAGCAAAUCCAUACUCUUGAGUUUCUUUACAUUUUUGAAUGCAGGUUUUCACUAUCAGCCAAAAACAUUUCCCUUGUCAGUUUCUCUUAGUGUGACUUGACAAGCAGACAUUUUUGGCAGAUAGUCUGCUCUUGUGGUGUUCCAUACCUCUUAAUUUGGUAAACCAACCAACCAACCAACCAACCAACCAACCAACCCAGAAGCUCAGUAAUUGAUGCAGUCUUAGACUAACAGUUUCGGGAAUGGAAAUGUUCCCUCAGCCUUAGGUAUAAAAUGUUAGUAAUGGUGGCCUACCGUACAGGGUUGUUAUAAGAAUUACAACAAGCAAAUGUAUGUGAAUUUAAGCCUUUUCUUCCUGGAUUUCUGUCCUUGUACAUAUCAUAUUUAAUGGGUUGUAUCCAGUACUAAUCCUACUUGGAGGAGACCCAUUGAAAACAAUGGACAUAACUAAUUUGGGUCCAUCAAUUUCAGCAGGAGUACUCAGAGUAAAACGUCGUUGGAUACAACCCAUUGAAUUUACCUCCUCCCCUCCCCCAAAGAUUGCCACAUCCAUGCAUUUAUACAAGUUUAUGUAAAUGCUCUUUUCUCCUCUGUAGAUCUCGACUGGGUUGUCAGAUCUGCCUGAAGAAGUCUAUGAACAAUAUGACUGUUCGAGUGCCUGAUGCUGUGGCUGAUGCCCGCCAGUCCAUGGAUAUGAGCAAUAACUCUUUAAAAUAAGGCCUUCAGGGUAUUUUUUGGGACAUAAAAUAUUUUUAUAACUUAUUUCUAAAUGUUUUAAUGGAAUGAGAGAAUACACACAAAUAUGCAUUUUUUGAUUAUAAAGAUUAGAUUGUAAAGAUUAACUUUAUCUGCUAGCCUUAGAGUUUUUGAAUCUAAAAUUAGAGACCGCUUAGAAAGACUAUGUUAGACACACAGGCUACAGUCCAAUACUCACUAGUCUAGGAGCAAGUUCCAUUUAAUUCAGUGUGACCUCUACACAGUGUAGCUGCUUCACAAACAUGUCAGAGGAUUUCACCAACUGUGCCGUUUUGUUCCUAGAGGAAUGCUUCCUUUUUAUUAGCAUUUACUGCUAAUAAUUCUCCCCUCUUUGUGGGGGAGAAUUCCAUAAAUGGGUGUCGCUAAUGAGAAGUCCCUCAUCCCCAGUUGUCUUCUGACUGCGGGAUCACCCAAAUGAGGGCUUUGGCAUACGGGCAGACAUUCCUUCCGGAUUUCUGGCCCCGUAACCUGUUUAUUAUUUCUUCUAGAAUAGCAUAUUACAUGAAAUAACACAUCUUAUAAGAACACAUUUACCAAGGUAAUUUCCAGUAUGCACUGGGGCAUAAAAGAACGAAUCAAGAAAUGAAAUAAGCCAAGGGAGAUGAUAAUAAUUACUGUCUUCCUCCACUGGUCCAUGAGGACUGUACAGUUGCAUAAUGAAAAAGAGCCACAUUUAUCCUGCUCUGCCCUUGUCCCUUUUAAGGCAUCUUGUACUCCAGUGGCACAGAAUAAAUGCAUAAACAAUACGACUUAAAAUGCUCCAGAGUUGGUGUUUUUGUUGCAGAGAAGAUUUUCAUGCACAUGUUGGUUUUUCCAACAUGAGCCACAAUGGUUUACACAGAAACAUUAUACUCUGCAUUCUGUAGGAUGAAAUCUUUUAUCCUAAAGCAACUUGCCACAAUAUCAAGUGAAUGUGAUUGUGAAGUGGCAAACACAGUAAGAUUUAGAUUGGUAAAGAGCAUUUCUGUGGUGGCAUUUCAAUGCAAAGUUUACCUGUGCUUCCUUUGAAAAUAAAAUGUUUCUUGAAUUAAUCCUAGGUAGCUAGGCAGAAAGAGACCAGUGUUUCUUUCCAGUCCUGUAAUUAUCCUGUAAAUGUUAGUGAUGGACUACUCGGAGAUGUAUGUAUUUCUCAGUUUUAAUAAGCUGAAAAUAAAUUCUUUUUCUAUUAUUGCUUUUGUAAUUAGGAAGUGUCUUUCAUUUUUAGGUUUAAUUAGCAAAUGUGUUAAGCAGUGAAAGCGGAGCCAAAUUUCUUUGAGAAUAACAGUGCAGUCCUAUACAUCUCUACUGAGAAGUACCGUAAGUCCCAUUGAAGUAAGUUCCAAUUGGAAAUUCACAGUUGCACAUAAUUUUGGCCUGAAAUUCCAAUUUCAAAAUUCAUUUGAUCCUCAGAGCCUGAAGCAUAUUAAUAUACACUUGCAUUAUUUGUUACCUAAGUCCUACACACUUCUGGUGUUUUGCCUGUGGUAACAUAGUCUCGUUUAAUGUUGUCUGGGCAUAAGAGUUGAUAUGCCCACAUCUAAAGCUAUGUAAACCUAAUGGAGGGACAACUCCAUCCCUUACUUAUGGCAAACUCUUGGCCAUGUGGGUUCUGUCUUAAGAGAAAUUUAAGCAUGUCUAAAAUAGUAUGUGCACUGUUACUAUAUUACAAUGCUGGGAAAGCAUUUGAUUUCCACAGUACCACUACAUGCUUGAAUAUCUGUAUUCUUCCCCAUCCACCCCAAAACAGGUGAUAUUGUUUAUUUGAAGUGGGAUGUCUGCAGGCCUAAAUGGGCAGGGAGCUGGUCUCUUCCUCUAUUAUUACAGAAACAUAGCAGUGGGUUUGAAUGCUACCCACCAACCUGUCUUGGGCAGGGUGUUUACACAUGCAACUCUUGUGCUGUUGGGGAGUUCAUUCUGAGUCCAUAGGGUUGCUUUGUUGGAGUAGAAUGAAUGGUUUGCUAACAUAUGAAAGUCAAACUCCAUUCAGCAUUCGAUAGCCUGAUUCACACAUAAACCAUGGUUUAUUGGAUCGUUCAAACCUGACCUAGCAGCUUAACGACAAACAAACCAUGCUCAUAAGUUAUACAGUCUCUGGCUAAAUGUGGCUUGCAUUUCUGUGUAUCAUGUUUCUAAAAUGAUUACUAAUGGACACAAUGUAGUCCCUUGAACUUGAAAAUUGAUUGAUGGCACUAAGGUAUUUCCAAAAAUAGUGCUUUUAUCUGUAAUGUUUUGCUUGCUGCAGUUGCUGGGCUUAAAUGUCAGCUUUGAUGGAAAGGACAAGGAAACAAGAAUUUCGCAGCGUUCUUCAAAGUUGCUUCACAAAAUAGCCAGCUGUUCUUUCUAUCAGGUCAGGGUAAAGGACAAUUCUGGUAGCACUGUUCCUUCUGUGUUCUCAUCUCGGUUACAUUGUACAACUCCCUUUCCGAAGAAAAAAGCCCAUCUUUUUUGCUGUGUUUGAAUGAAUUGACUGAGAAACGCCAUCACUGAGCGCUAUUCACAGAUCAGUUGUGUGUUCUGUUUGCCCUUUCUGCCUUUGCAAAAAUAGUUGUGAAGCCUUUGCAAAAAGGAUUUGAGAGUAUCCUUGUGUGUAAUGCAUGGAAGCUCAAUACAUCUGGCUUUAAUAGAGUAGUCAGAAAUGCAUUCCUGGACUCUUGGCUAUGCUUUGUGUUUCUUUUAUCAGCUAUUGGUUUCAAGUGGAGGAAGAAUUCGCUAAUAGUUUCAAGAGUCCAGAUUACAGUUUAGAAGAUUUGCCAUCAUUGAUAUUUUUACUGUAUAAGUUGGGAGGUCAGAAAUGGGUUGGGCAAGGGGGUACAACUAACUCCUGGUUGCUCCAUAUACUGUGGCUGUAGUAUGGAACCUGAAUAGCUACAUCAUCCAUCAAAUUUUCUACGCUUUAGCUUUUGCCAAAGACUGAACUGAGAUUUGUUGGCCUUGGAAGCAAUACCAGUGGAAGAACUGUGUUGUGUUUUUUUAAAAAAACUGGACUUUUAAGAAUUAAUAGCAAAGAGUAUUUUAAGUUAAGGUACUAUUCAACUACCGAGAGCCAAGUCCACGUCAUCAAGAUCAGCAGACAUAAUUUCAGUGGAUUCCUGUAUGCUGAAUUCACAAUUCUCCAUGUCCUGAAGGCUUUACAACGUGUGUUGAACUGGAAUGUCACACUGCAUGCACAUGUUGAGGAAUCACAGGCACAAUUCUGCUGCAAAAACAACUUGCAUUCUCAGCAUCUUAAGAUAUAGUCAUGCGUAAGGUGCAAGACUUGGCUGACAGCUUGUGGAGUUAUUCUUGUGUGGUAUAUUUCAGAGCCUUCUGGGGAUAAAGUGUGUAUUCAUAGAAAGCAUGUGCUAUAAUCCUGGGUAAUGCAAAGGGGGGUUGGAAUGAGUGAAUAUUUUACCCAUGUUAAAAUCCCUGCACACAGAGCAACUAGCAUAUCAAGAUGAAGGGUUCCAUAGCCUAGUCCUAAUGUGCUAGUUUUCCAUGCGCAUGGAGUUAAUGUCUUCAGAGGAGGGUUAUGCCACAUACUUCUGCUGAAUAGGUAGGUGCCUUUUUAAAUCAAACCUGGGUUCUAUCACAUGGUGUGUCUAUGUUUUGCAUCAGGCGACAGAAAAAAAUAACUUUAAGAAUCUCCAGGAUGUAUUAUAGUUCUCACCCCAGUGCAUCAUGAUUUUCUGUGUUAAGCAAGGGGUUGUAUAGACCUCCUCCAAUUCAAUGAAUGAAUGAAUAACAUGCAAGAAAAAUGCCUGAAAACUAUACUUUCCAGUGUGUGUGCGUGUGUGGGUGCGCACCAUCAAGUUUUACACGGAAGGUAAGUACAGAGCAUUUACGGUGCAGUUAAUUGUUCCCUCAUUCAGUCAAUGUGAACAAAUAUAGGAGCUAGUUUCAGCAAUUUUAUUUUUUAGUCUAUACCACUUUCUGAGAAUGCCCCUGAAGCUCUGUGUCCAACAAGGACGUGACAAAAUGCUCUAACACACCACCUUGACAACAGAAAAUCAAAACCCACCCAUAAAAUAACAGGGUUUCCACAUUUCAGCUUCAUUAACCUAUAAUGGGCAGGGUGGAACUCUACCACCAAAGACAGUUUUCAUUACCUUCUGGCGCUAUGAGCUGCUCUGGGCAGGGACAGCCAGAGGUGAAAUGCCACUGUCAAGAAAGCAAAAGGAGGUGGUAUUAACAAGCUGGGAAACCUGAAGGUUUCCAAAAGUUCAGACAACAUUUUAAAAAGUGGUGUGGGUAAAAGUAAGCUAAGGAGAACAACUAAAAAGAGCCUGCUCAGUGGGUGCAGAAAGUUCACUGACUGUUAGGGGGAUGGGAACCAGGGGAAGGGGAACUGGAAUGGAGUAUCCCGGAAAAAAGGCAUGGAUGGCUGUAAACCUGAACAGCAGCAGUCUACACUCCUUGGAGAAAAACCUAGUGCUAAUAUUAUUGAAAAGCUUGUAUGAUAGGGAAAUAGGUUUCUUAUUAGGUAAAGAAUUAAACAUCUCUCUCUUGCAAAGCCAGUGCAUUUAAAAUUAAUUGCCUGGUUUUCUGCCUUGGAAAUUUAAGAUCAUGAAGAUUAUUCUGUGUGCCAUGAAGGAGAAUAAGUUACCCUUUGUUCUUGGGGCACAGCAAUUUUCUUUCUGCUUCCCAACUUAUCCCUGGUGUAGUGUAAAGGGAAGGUUUGUCUAGGUUUGCUGUUUGAAAUAACUUUGCUGUCUGGCCUUUAAACUCAUCAACUCACGUGCUGAACGCUAACAAGCGUGGGUAGCAAAUUGGCUCCCCUCUCUUCACCCGCCAGCCCGCCAUGUCCUGCAGCAACUCUGGAGAAAGUAAAGGCUGCUGCUGCUGCUGCUCGCUGGCCUAAUGAGGAGACAGACUAGAAGUCUCUCCAUUCAAUUUUCUCCUUGGCUUUGGGCAGAGAGAGCGGCUCGGCUUGCUCCGUUGGGCUAAUUUCCCAGCCAGCAGCCGAUGCAGCAUUCCUACUGCGAGAUGGGGAGCGGAAGAGAAUUGCAGAAUAAAUUGGAACGAUGCGGGAUGAGUUGACAUUUCCUCUGAGUAAUUCUCACGGGAGGAGUCCAAGACUUCUAGCCAUCAAAGGCCCCGUAGGCGCAGAAGGAGGCGGCUGCAGUAGAAUAUGAUAAUACUCUGUCUAGCCUGACUUCAGGGCUUCAUGUCUGGCAAGCUGCGAGCUCCUUUGCAUGUUUUAGAAAGCCGGUUUUGGUCAAGAUGGAAAGAAAUGUUCUUGUGCGGCAAGAUCUGAGUUGGCAACAAAGGCCUCUUUCCUCUUUCUACCUUUAGUUCUCUUGCUUCGUGUGCAUAGGCAAGCUGGCCAUCUCCUAUUAACAAUGCUCUCCAUGUCAGUUUUAGCACAGAGACUUCCUCCUUUCUGUUAAAGUGUUACUAGAUUCACAUGAUUCCAAGGGCAAGCCUUGGAACUUGCCCUUGUACAGAGGCAAUUCAAUGUAACAGCUGAAGGGUGCACCAGUUCUGAGAGAGGCUGGUUUGGGUUACUUUUACAAGAGGAGUGCUUUGUAGAGGAGAUGGCGGGGAGGGUUGGCCUAGCUUUUCUCUCUCCCCCACCCCCCGCUCUUAAUAAUAAUAAUAAUUUAUACCCCGCCCAUCUGGCUGGGUUUCCCCAGCCACUCUGGGCGGCUUCCAGCUAAACACUAAAAUACAAUAACCUAUUAAAUAUUAAAAGCUUCCCUAAAUAGACCUAAAUAGACUACUAACAGGAGCAAGCAGCAGCAAACCACACUGCGCAAAUUGGAGUCAACUCUUUAUUAGCAAAAACAGGAUCAGCACAGGAGUGUCAGGUCUAAUGAGUACAGCAACUCAUAUUCUGGCAGAUCUUGCCCCCAUGAAGCAGUUGCUGAGACUGAAAGUCCCCACCUCUCCACAGCGGCCUAAAUCCCCUCCUCUUCCAGGUUUUCCCCAAGCAAUUUGAGACUGUGCCUGUAUGAAUUUAUGCGCCACCCUCUGUGUGCCUCUCCUGGUUCUGGGAGGGGAGCUUGUUGCAGCAGGAGGGGGAGACACCCAUGCAGCUUCUCCAGCCAGACCUAUCUCUGCCUCUUGGCUUCCCUCCUCUUCUGCUUCAGCUUCUGGCUCCUCCUGCCACACUCACUUCUCACCAAGCCCUGUUACCUCAUCAGCUUCUGACACAUCCUCUUCGCACCCUUCUCCCUCUAAACACUCAUUGUUUUCCCAUCACUCCUCUCUGGACUCUGAGCCUUCUUCCCGGGUGGGGGAGUUGGUGGUCUCCCAGCUGUUUCCUCCCAUCAUUACUCUGUGUCCAACCAGUCCAUGACAUCUGCCUGUAACUUAAGUUCUGGUGGAAUUCCACAGCACUGCAUCACCAAACACUGGUCUACCUUAGCUUUCCAUCACAGCUACCUUCCUGGGUGGGCGAGCCCCAUCUGCCUCACCUUCAAAUAGAGAACGGUCCUUUGAUAGGCCUUUGAAAAAAGGACUCCUGGCAAAGGCAUCUUCUCAAUGGUGGUGUUAACUUUCAGAGUGAUGGACUGGAGACUCAUUUUGAUUGGUUGCAGGUACAGCUAGUACUUAGUGAGGGGAAAAAGAAAAGCAGUCAAAAGCGGAGGUACUUGGCAUUCAGCUGGAUAGAAGUAUAGCCUCUUAGCUCUGUGUAAUUUGCCCUGAGGAAAUAUCUACAGCCAGGGUAGGAAGUCUUUAAGCCGGGGGAUUGAUUGAAAGACAGGGUUUUGUGUGUUUUUUAAGAACAAACAGACAAUUGAGAACUGGGAUGUUGAAUUUGAGAAAGGAGAAGUGGAGUUGUAAAGGAAUGCUGUACUUAGGUCUCAAUUCAGUCAGAAGGGGAUAGCUCUUCUGAAGAGAAAAGAAGAAUCCCAAACUAGUUAGGAGGCGUGUUGUCUCCCCUGGUCUGGUAUACUAAUAGAGGAGCCUCCGGAGUAUAGAUUUGUAGAAGGUAGGGAAAUUGACAGAGUAUCAGCUUGUCUCAGAACCCAAGUAUUAAGACCUAUGCUGCAACAUCUCUGCAAAUAGUUGGAAAAUUAUCAAAAUGCCCGUUGCCUACUAAUCCUAUUAAUCCUAUUAAUCUCCAAAGUCACUUGCUGGCCCCCCUAGUAUGAAGGAAGGUGAGAAUUGUGUGUCAAUGUACAGUUAUAUUUGUUAGCCACAAGAUUGGACUCUGCUUCUCCGUGUGCCCCUUGUAGGUGUCUGUCUCUAGACAUCUCUCUAGCUUUGGUCCAUUGCCUGAUCUUGUCACUAAAACUGCUUCAAAUGGCGUACCACUUCCAGAGCUAUCACUUAGCAAGAAUAUGUCUUCCUCUGACAAGCCUCUGCUUAUGGGGAGUUGGCACUGAAAGGAACGUAAAUAUGCCCACAGGGCAGUUAAUGCUGUGUAUUCAGCUGAAUCGGACAUCCAGCCAGCCACCGGUCUCCUGCGUUGUGCCCAGGAGGUGACUUUGACACUUCCACUGGUGUCUCUUUCCAAAGAACUGGACCAUCCAUCCCUUCUGGAAAUGCUUUUCAGAAAAGACAGGGGCCAGAGGGGUGAUGCUAUCCACCCUGUUAGUGAAAGUCAACAUACCGCAGGAGUCAAGUAAGAGGGCAGCCCAGACGGAUCAUAUUGUUGGAGACUUGAUGCUGCCUGCUUUGCUGUAAAGAUGGCCGAGGUCAUGGCUGUUGCUCUUUUAAAUAUCCACUUUGAAAAGAUUAUUACCCUGCCUCCAAAAUGUAACAGUUGGACAGAUAGAUAAGGUUCCCACCCCCUCCCCAGAAAAGUAUUCAAGGUUCAAAGGGGGUGAAGUAACACGUUCAGACCAGGACUUGUGUCUUGAAAGCAGGGUAACAUAAUUUCUGUCCCAAAGUAGGCUCUGAAAGCAGAGUUUUGCAUGUUUUCAGCACAGUCCUGUUUGAAUCAGGGGAAAAGCCAAUAGUGGAAAGUGCUUAUGGCUGUGUACCUAUGACAUGAUUAUUCUCUUCCAAAGCAACUGCUCUAUUCCAAACUUAAAAAUAGAAAGUGUAAUGCUGGUGGUCAAUAAAAGAGGUUCAAGGACUCACUCAAGGCAAAUCUUUAAAAAUGUAGUAUAAACACCGACAACUGUGAAACACUGGCCUGCAAGCGCUCCAGUUGGAGAACAGCCUUUACCAAAGGUGUCAUGGGCUUUGAAGACACUCGAACUCAGGACAAAAGGGAGAAAUGUGCUAAGAAGAAGGCACACUUGGCAAACUCUCACCAUGAUCAACUCUCGCCCAGAAACCUAUGUCCCCACUUUGGAAGGAUGUGUUGAUUCAGAAUUGGCCUGCAUAGUCACUUGCGAACUCACUGUUAGACCGUGUUUCUGGAAGACAAUCUUACUCAGUUACGAGUGGUUGCCAAAGACGAAGAAGAAGACGAUACCACGAAAGCAUGUCUGCCUCUACUCCCCCACAAGCCCUUGGCCAGUUUUCUGGAUU